CUCAGCUCCCCAACAAAGUCACCGCGCUGACAGUGUGCGGGAGCAGCAGAGGAGAAACCUAAUCUCAGAACCCAACAACACCUAGCAACAGUUGAAAAAACUUUGAAACAAAAGUCGGGUGUGUGAGAUAGGCGGCUUCCAAUUCCUGCUGAUCCCGACCGAAGGAGAGAGAAGCUGCAGCUAUUCUGUGCCGUUUCCUGUAUGACUUCAGCGACUGGCUAGUUAGUCCCAGCAGAGUGGGAAAAGCGUUUUCCUCAGCCUUCUUUUGGGCUGGCUAGUUUUCCAGGACUCAGUCUUGGGCUGUGGGGCAAGCCACUGGGUUCUUCAAGGGAUAAACCCUCCGAGAAAGGAUACAUCUUUGGUUAAAGAGCUGCCAGCAGGUGGGAAUGAGAUCGCGAAACCAAGGUGGAGAAAGUUCAUCUAACAGGCAUGUCUCCUGCCCCAAGUCCUCCAUCAUCAGCAAUGCUGCUGGUACAGGCCCCUCGGAAGAGGCAAAAAAGAACAAGGCAAAUCGGAAGGAAGAUGAUGUCAUGGCUUCAGGAACUGUCAAACGGCACCUCAAGCCAUCUGGAGAAAGUGAAAAAAAGACCAAGAAGUCUCUGGAGUUAUCCAAGGAGGAUCUCAUCCAGCUCCUGAGUAUAAUGGAAGGAGAGCUGCAGGCUAGAGAAGAUGUGAUCCACAUGCUGAAGACAGAGAAAACCAAGCCCGAGGUUCUGGAGGCACAUUAUGGAUCUGCAGAGCCAGAGAAGGUGCUUCGGGUCCUGCACCGAGAUGCCAUCCUUGCUCAAGAGAAGUCCAUAGGAGAAGAUGUCUAUGAGAAACCCAUCUCAGAGCUGGACAGACUGGAGGAAAAGCAGAAGGAGACGUACCGCCGCAUGCUGGAGCAGCUGCUGCUGGCCGAGAAGUGUCACCGGCGCACCGUGUACGAGCUGGAGAACGAGAAACACAAGCACACUGACUACAUGAACAAGAGUGACGACUUCACCAACCUGCUGGAGCAGGAGCGAGAGAGGUUGAAAAAGCUCCUUGAACAAGAAAAGGCUUACCAAGCCCGCAAAGAAAAAGAAAAUGCUAAGAGGCUCAAUAAACUUCGAGACGAGCUUGUGAAACUGAAGUCCUUCGCACUCAUGCUGGUGGACGAGAGGCAGAUGCACAUUGAGCAGCUGGGCCUGCAGAGUCAGAAAGUGCAGGACCUCACCCAGAAACUGAGGGAGGAGGAGGAGAAGCUCAAAGCCGUCACCUACAAAUCCAAAGAAGACCGCCAGAAACUGCUCAAGUUAGAAGUGGACUUCGAACACAAGGCCUCGAGGUUCUCCCAGGAGCACGAAGAAAUGAAUGCCAAACUGGCGAACCAGGAGUCUCACAACCGACAACUCCGGCUCAAGCUGGUUGGCUUAUCUCAAAGGAUCGAAGAACUGGAAGAGACCAACAAAAACCUCCAGAAGGCCGAGGAAGAGCUUCAGGAGCUGAGGGAUAAAAUCUCCAAAGGGGAAUGCGGGAACUCCAGCCUGAUGGCGGAGGUGGAAAGCCUGCGCAAGCGCGUGCUGGAGAUGGAGGGCAAGGAUGAAGAGAUCACGAAGACCGAGGCCCAGUGCCGGGAGCUGAAGAAGAAGCUGCAGGAGGAGGAACACCACAGCAAAGAACUCCGCCUGGAAGUGGAGAAGCUGCAGAAGAGGAUGUCGGAACUGGAGAAGCUGGAGGAAGCCUUCAGCAGGAGUAAGUCGGAAUGCACCCAGCUCCACCUGAACCUGGAGAAAGAGAAGAAUCUAACCAAAGACCUGCUGAAUGAGCUGGAGGUGGUCAAGAGUCGCGUUCAAGAACUCGAGUGCUCGGAAAGUCGACUGGAGAAGGCUGAGUUGAGCCUCAAAGAUGACCUCACGAAGCUCAAGUCCUUCACUGUGAUGCUGGUGGACGAAAGGAAAAAUAUGAUGGAAAAAAUAAAGCAGGAAGAGAGAAAAGUGGACGGGCUGAAUAAAAACUUUAAGGUGGAACAGGGAAAGGUUAUGGACGUCACUGAAAAACUGAUCGAGGAAAGCAAGAAGCUUUUAAAACUCAAGUCCGAGAUGGAGGAAAAGGUGUCCAGUUUGACAAAGGAGAGGGAUGAAUUGAUGGGUAAGCUGAGAAAUGAAGAGGAGAGGUCCUGUGAACUAAGCUGCAGCGUCGACGUACUGAAGAAGCGGCUUGAUGGCAUAGAGGAGGUGGAAAGGGAAAUAAACCGAGGGAGGUCAGGCAAGGGGCCUGAGUUCACCUGCCCCGAGGACAAUAAGAUCAGGGAACUAACGCUGGAAAUCGAGAGGCUGAAGAAGCGUCUCCAGCAGCUGGAGGUGGUGGAAGGCGACUUGAUGAAGACGGAGGAUGAGUAUGACCAGUUGGAGCAGAAGUUCAGAACCGAGCAGGAUAAGGCAAACUUCCUCUCGCAGCAGCUGGAAGAAAUCAAGCACCAAAUGGCCAAGAACAAAGCCAUAGAGAAAGGAGAGGCUGUGAGCCAGGAAGCCGAGCUGCGGCACAGGUUUCGGCUGGAGGAGGCUAAGAGUCGUGAUUUGCAGGCUGAGGUGCAGGCUCUCAAGGAGAAGAUCCACGAGCUGAUGAACAAAGAAGACCAGCUGUCCCAGCUCCAGGUGGACUAUUCGGUCCUUCAGCAAAGGUUUAUGGAAGAAGAGAAUAAGAACAAGAACAUGGGGCGGGAGGUUCUCAAUCUGACCAAAGAGCUGGAGCUGUCCAAGCGCUACAGCCGCGCCCUCAGGCCCAGCGGGAACGGCAGGAGGAUGGUGGACGUGCCGGUGGCCUCCACCGGAGUGCAGACCGAGGCUGUGUGCGGGGAUGCUGCGGAGGAGGAGACCCCGGCUGUGUUCAUUCGCAAAUCCUUCCAGGAAGAAAAUCACAUCAUGAGCAAUCUUCGACAGGUGGGCCUGAAGAAGCCCAUGGAACGGUCCUCGGUCCUCGACAGGUAUCCCCCAGCAGCCAACGAGCUCACCAUGAGGAAGUCCUGGAUUCCUUGGAUGAGAAAAAGAGAAAACGGCCCUUCUACCCCACAGGAGAAAGGGCCUCGGUCAAACCCAGGUGCAGGGCACCCCGGGGAGCUGGUCCUAGCCCCAAAGCAGGGCCAGCCCCUGCACAUCCGCGUGACACCAGACCACGAGAACAGCACCGCGACCCUGGAGAUCACAAGCCCCACGUCUGAAGAGUUUUUCUCUAGUACCACCGUCAUUCCUACCUUAGGCAAUCAGAAACCAAGGAUAACCAUUAUUCCAUCACCCAAUGUCAUGUCGCCAAAGCCCAAAAGUGCAGAUCCGACUCUCGGCCCAGAACGAGCCAUGUCCCCUGUCACGAUUACUACUAUUUCCAGAGAGAAGAGCCCGGAAGGUGGAAGGGGUGCCUUUGCAGACCGGCCCGCUUCUCCCAUCCAGAUCAUGACGGUGUCAACAUCCGCAGCCCCCUCUGAAAUUGCUGUCUCUCCUGAAUCCCAGGAAGUACCAAUGGGAAGGACUAUCCUCAAAGUCACCCCAGAAAAACAAACUGUUCCCACCCCGGUGCGGAAGUACAACUCCAAUGCCAAUAUCAUCACCACGGAAGACAAUAAAAUUCACAUUCACCUGGGUUCUCAGUUUAAACGAUCCCCGGGGCCUGCAGCUGAAGGCGUGAGUCCCGUUAUCACCGUCAGGCCUGUAAAUGUGACAGCAGAGAAGGAGGUUUCCACAGGCACAGUCCUUCGCUCUCCCAGGAACCACCUCUCUUCACGACCUGGUGCUAGCAAAGUGACCAGCACUAUAACCAUAACCCCGGUCACAACAUCAUCCACACGAGGAACCCAGUCGGUGUCGGGACAAGAUGGGUCAUCUCAGCGGCCUACACCCACCCGCAUUCCCAUGUCAAAAGAAAGCAUCAUCAUUCACCAGUUGCGAAUGAGCUCCAGAUGAGAUUACCAAGCACAGCCCUCAAUCAUCACUAAGGUCCUGAAUGCUACUGAUGUUGACUGGAAACACCCUAUGACUUCCAGUGAUUUUUGUUUUGAGGAUACAAUUUAACAGUUAAAAACCACAGUGUGGAUGAUAUGAACAAAUGUAGCAAAAGCAAUUGAAUCUUUGUGCCAAAGAAAGUUUUCUUCUCUUUGCAAAGCUUUCAGGUCUGUGGGCACAUGCUGUGUAAUUUAUUUUUAUAAUACAUUUUGUAAUGUGAUUUCUUCCCCUAAAUUGUUUCUUUUCUCAUAGUCUGUGGCACAUAUAUCUGUAGAUUACACUGUCAGUUCUUCAAAGUAUUGAUAUUGUGUAUUUAAAAGGUUAAUGUAUCCUUUUCUUUUUAUUAAUUUGUUAUUUUUAAGGAAGAGAAGGCACAACACUCUAUUUCCCUGGGCAACUUUAACAGGUAAAACCUACAAACAGUAGAUUCGUGGGGUCUUCUUACUCAUAUGACGCUGUGGUCCUGAUUGUGGUUCAACACUGAAAACAGCGUUCUGGCUUAGGAGUUUAAGUACUUAAAACCAAUUUGUGUCUCCUGCUUGUGUUCUGUAUGUGAAACAAACAGCUUUGACUGGCAGUUCAAUUUUAUUUCUAUCUGCAUUAUUUAAUUAUGCAUAUAAAACAUAAUAGUGACUAUGACGUUAGGGUGUUUCCCACAUAUUACUCCUACCCCCAUGAAAGCUUACAAAUAAAAAUGGACCUAGAAAAUGGCAACCUUUUUUUUUUCUCAAAAAAAUAGGGAGACCCAAUGUAGAUCACCGUUCAAUUCUGAUUUUGACUGACUUUCAGACCUCCAUGUAGGUUGAGGAGAACAAUGCCUCCUACUAUCACUAUUCUUGGUACAGGUUCUUGCUAUAUAUCCCUAGCUGGCCUAAAACUGGCUGUGGAGACCAGGCUGGCCUUGAACUCAAGGGAUCUGCCUGUCUGUGCCUAUCACGGGUGCUGGGACUAAAUACAUGUGCCAUUGUGUAAAGAGUGUAUUUUUAAAGAAUUAAAAGUCCAAACUGUAUUACUCAAGUCUCGAUGUCAGAGCUGCUGUUGAAUUUAGGUUCAUGUGAAAAUGUGAAGUCUACUUGAAACUCUACUUUAAAAAAAAAUACUGCCGAUGGGGGUGGGAAUGUUUCCAAUAAGAUCUUUAAAAUAAUUUUAAAGAUAAAUUAAAGUUUGACAGUUUAGUUUCUAAAUGCAGAAGUCAUUUAUCAUGCUACUUAAGUGUAAAUGAAGAGCCAACGCUUCUUCUGAAUGUUAUAAGGUAAGUAAAAUCACCCAAGUAAAGUACUGUGAGCUCACCACUAUAGUCCACAAACUGUACCCACAUCAGCCACAGAGUCUCCGGAAUGGGAAACACAAUGGGAAAUUUCCUCCUUUAUGUAACCUAGGUUUUAAUGUAAUCUGUGGAACUGACAAAUCAUAGUCAAUAUAUACUGUAAAUGAAA